AUGCCCGUGCUGCCCUAUUCAUUUCAAUUGAAGUCAAGCUUGACUAUGCACAAGCUAUUUCACAGUGAUGAAAGGCCGUUUAAAUGCCCCAGCUGCCCUAAAGCAUUUAAAAAUAAGUCAGACUUGACGACUCACAAGUUAUCUCACAGCGAUGAAAGACCGUUUAAAUGCCCCAGCUGUCCUAAAGCAUUUAAAAUCAGCUCACACUUGACGACUCACAAGCUAUCUCAUAGCGAUGAAAGGCCGUUUAAAUGCCCCAGCUGCCCUAAAGCAUUUAAAAAAAAGUCAAGCUUGACUGUGCACAAGCUGUUUCACGGUGAUGAAAGGCCAUUUAAAUGCCCCAGCUGCCCUAAAGCAUUUAAAAAUAAGUCAAGCGUGGCUGUGCACAAGCUAUGUCACAGUGAUGAAAGGCCAUUUAAAUGCCCCAGCUGCCCUAAAGCAUUUAAAAAUAAGUCAGACUUGACGACUCACAAGCUAUCUCACAGCGAUGAAAGACCGUUUAAAUGCCCCAGCUGCCCUAAAGCAUUUAAGAAAAAGUCAAUCUUGACUGUGCACAAGCUAUUACACGGUGAUGAAAGGCCGUUUAAAUGCCCGAGCUGCCCUAAAGCAUUUCAAUUGAAGUCAAGCUUGACUAUGCACAAGCUAUUUCACAGUGAUGAAAGGCCAUUUAAAUGCCCCAGCUGUCCUAAAGCAUUUAAAAGUAAGUCAAACUUGACGACUCACAAGUUAUCUCACAGCGAUGAAAGACCGUUUAAAUUCCCCAGCUGCCCUAAAGCAUUUAAAAAAAGUCAAGCUUGACUGUGCACAAGCUAUUUCACGGUGAUGAAAAGCCGCUUCAAUGCCCGAGCUGCCCUAAAGCACUUAAAAAAAGUCAAGUGUGACUGCACACAAGCUAUGUCACAGUGAUGAGAGGCCAUUUAAAUGCCCCCGGCUGCCCUAAAGCAUUUAAAAAUAAGUCAAACUUUAAGACUCACAAGCUAUCUCACAGCGAUGAAAGGUCGUUCAAAUGCCUCAGCUACCCUAAAGCCUUUUAGAGAAAGUCAUGCUUGAUGGAGCACAAGAUGUCCCAGAGUGAUUAAUAAAAGGCCAUUUAAAUGUCUCAUCUGCCCCAAAACAUUUAAAACAGAGGCAAGCUUGACUUUGCACAAGCUAUUUCGCGGUGAUGAAAGGCCGUUUAAAUACCCUUACUGUCCUAAAGCAUUUAAAAUGAAGUCACACUUGACACCUCAAGCUAUCUCACAUUGAUGAAAGGUUGUUUAAAUGCCCCAUCUGCCCUAAAGCAUUUAGAAAGAAGUCACGCUUGACGAGUCACAAGAUAUCUCACAGUGACAAAAGGCUGUUUAAAUGCCCAAUCUGCCCUAAAGCAUUUAAAAAGAAGUCACACUUGACGACUCACGAGAUAUCUCACAGUGAUGAAAGGCCGUUUAAAUGCCCUUCCUGUCAAAAUUCGUACUGUAGCCAAUCUUUCCUUGAGUGUUCACACAAGGCUUCACCAGAAAGGUGAGAGGACCUUCAAAUGUGAAACUCGUGACAGAUCAUUUGCAGAAAAGUGUCACUUGACCAACAAUGAGCUAAUUCAUGCAGGCCCAAAGCUGUUCACGUGCUCCACCUCUUCAGAAAAUUUUCGUUUUAGGGCUAAGUUGAAUGAUCACAAAACUAUUCAUGUGCCUGCGGCUUAUAAAUGCUCCACCUGCCCCAAAUUGUUCCGUACAAAGUUUUACUUGAAUGCUCAUGAAAAACUUCACAAAAAUGGAAAAACUUGUCUAAAAGAUAUUUAUCAAAAGUCUAGCAUGAAUAGUCAUAAAACAAUUCAUGAGUGCAAAGGAACCAGCAGAUGUCACACUUGUGACAAAUUGUUUGAACAGAGAAUGGGCCUAAGGAGGCCCCAGCCUACCAGCUGUGACCUACCACCUGUGGCUAUGCACACAGAUGGUAGGCUAUUUAAAUCUGGUACCUGCCCAAAAGAGUUGAGUGGAAAAUCUAGCUCAAGUCUUCACGAAAGACUUCUCAGUGGCAAGAUGCCGUACAAAUCUGAAACUCUUGAUGCACCAUUUUUAUGGAAAUAUAAAUCUGUGGGUUGCGGACAAAAUCAGUUGAUCAAAAAUUAUAAGCCACACCUCCUCAGAAGCACUGUGCGAAGAGUCUCAGUUGAGUGCUCAUGGAAAGAUUCACCAAGAUGAACUGACAUGCAAUCCUAGCACUCGUGCUAUUGCAGUCGCUGAAGGAGGGCACGUGAGUGCUCGCCAGGCUGCUCACAUGAGUGAAGGUUCAUAGAAGUGUCCUGUCCAGCCAAAAGUAGUUAGACUGAACUUACCUCUUCAAUCGAAGCUUUCUUUUCAGCUGAAACUUCCCUUGAAUCUCCUUUCAAAUUACAAGGGUACAAUCUACAAAUGUAGCACUUCUACCAUGGCAUUCACCAAUGAACAACACUUGAAUGCUCACGAGGCGGCUCACACGGGAUGAAACCUCAGUUCGCACAGGAUGAAUUCCCUUCAGUGGCCUGACUUUCCCGUGAGAAUUUGAGUGUCUUCCUAGGAUUGUCAAGGAUAUCGGUGCAAUGAUUUUGAUGAGUUUAAGGCUAUGCCUGCGGCACUGUGGACUGGCAUUCAGAUGAAGUUGGUGCUUUGAUGAGCCUGUCUUUUGUAUAAAUGUCUGUUAUAAACAUAUGCAUGCCCUCGAGGUGCACAAGAUGCAAAGCCUUUUCGAAAGUAGGUAACUCAUGCCGAAGCUCCUCCAUGCUACUUUCACCUUGUCAGUGAUUAUAGUGUUUUUGUUAAAAACAGUGACGGAUUGUAGUACUUUAGGUUCAAGAGUCAGUAUUUAAACAAACUAACGCAUCAUCUAUGUGUUAGUUUAUAAACAAGGGUUCUAGGGAUGCUGUACAUUCCUCCGAGAAGGCUUUUUUUUAGAAAUAAAAACUGUCUUCCAAUGA